UUGCAUAUAACAGAGAGAAGGCGGGAUAUGAGUUUAAAUCAGGCAGAGAGAGGAGAGUGGUGGUAGCAGCGCGCAUAUUUUGUCAUUGUAGUUACUGACUGGAAUAAAAUGGCUGGAGGGAAAGCAGGGAAGGACUCCGGAAAGACCAAGACAAAGGCUGUUUCGCGCUCGCAGAGAGCCGGGCUGCAGUUUCCAGUGGGUCGUAUUCACCGGCAUCUGAAAUCCAGGACCACGAGCCACGGGCGUGUGGGGGCCACCGCAGCGGUGUACAGCGCGGCCAUUCUGGAGUACCUGACCGCCGAGGUUCUGGAGCUGGCAGGAAAUGCGUCUAAAGACCUGAAAGUAAAGCGCAUCACUCCGCGUCACUUGCAGCUGGCGAUUCGAGGGGACGAGGAGUUGGACUCGCUCAUUAAGGCGACCAUCGCGGGUGGUGGUGUUAUCCCUCACAUCCACAAGUCGCUGAUUGGGAAGAAGGGACAGCAGAAAACUGUAUAAUUCAAGCUGACGCUGGCCAAGCUAUCUCAGGACUAAUGGUUUAAAGGGUUGUUCUUAAAGAGCAUGAGACUUGUUCCGCUUUGUAUUAGACUUUUUAAAUUGUUUUGAGCUUUGCAUAUUCUCAUUUCUGAGGUAUUUUAAAUACAUUGGCUUCAAAGAAGCCUGAUUUAUUUUAAUACUAGGUUGAGGUACUGCAGCAGUAUUGUUUCCUAUUUAAUGUGUGAUCCAGGAACUGAUUUGUUCUGUUAAAUUUAAAAUCCGCUUUAUAUGAUUGAAGUUUUGUCCUGGAAUAAAGUUAAAGUAUUGACUGCUUUGUUUCCAAUGCUAUAAAGCGUUAUGAUUUUGGUGAAUUUGGAAAUGCAUGUUUUGAAGUACAGUAUAUUAAGUAGUUUGAAGUACUUGGCAGCACAUGUUUAAGAUAUUGUAUCUCCAAAUAUCCACCUGCAUAAGAAUUAUCAGUUGAUCAGUUUUGUGUGUAACCACACUAGUUCCUGUUUCUAGCUGAGAAACCUACCUAAAAUGUUUUUUUUUCCUAUGGUUUUGACUUGCACAGUCCACCAUGGGAGAUCAGAUUAUCUGAGCAGCUGUACAGGAGUCUUGAAAUAUUAAAUACACUGGUAUUUGAAUAAUGGUAGGCUGUAUGUAUUGACUAAAUUGACACCAGUUUCUCAAUGGGGUGUUUACAAAGAAAGCUUACUAUAAAAAUCCUGUGAAAUAUUUGGACUAUCUUGUCCUAAUGUUUGGUUAAAUGGUCUGUGGUAAUAUUGACUUAAGUAUGCAUCAACUCCUUACAAAGAAAUGCAUAAAAAGCUCAGGUCACUUUUAAAGUUAAUGUUCUGCAAUUGUUUAAAUUCUGUUUUCACCUGUUAAAUGUCUGACUUUCCAUCAACUGUAUGUUCCAGGUUAAUUAAAUACUAAUCAAAUGGCUUAGAGCUCAGCUGGAACAAACUUGGGCUGGGUGUUAGAAAUCUGUAUUAGCAGUGUCAGCAUGUCUGCAAUGUUGAGUAGUUAAGACUGCACUUUGAAAGCUAAGAUUAUGGAUGGGAUGUUGCCAUUUUAUCCUUAAGCAGGGUACUUCACUCAAAUUGUUCCAAUAAAUGCCUUGUUCUAGAA